AUGGAGGUGUUUAUGGAUGAUUUCUCGGUAUACGGUAAUUCUUUCGAUCAGUGCUUAGGUAAUCUAGAGAGAAUGAUGAGGAGGUGUGUUGAGACGAAGUUGAUGUUGAAUUGGGAGAAGUGUCACUUCAUGGUGACGGAGGGGAUCGUCUUAGGUCAUAAGAUUUCAAGAGCUAGUAUAGAGGUAGAUAGAGCCAAGAUAGAUACUAUUAGUAGGCUUCCUCCAUCGGCUAGUGUUAAAUCGAUCCGAAGUUUUCUCGGUCAUGCGGGUUUCUAUAGGCGCUUCAUUAGAGACUUUUCCAAAAUCACUCGCCCCGUGACCCGACUCUUAGAGAAGGAUGUUCCUUUUGUUUUCGACAAGGAGUGCCUUCAAGCGUUCGAAUUCCUUAAAGAGAAACUCGUGAGUGCACCCAUUCUUGUAUCGCCUGAUUGGAGCUUGCCCUUUGAGCUCAUGUGUGACGCGAGUGAUUACGUGGUCGGUGCGGUUUUGGGGCAAAGACGGGAGAAUCACUUUCACCCAAUCUACCAUGCGAGUAAAACCUUAAAUGAUGCCCAAGAGAACUACACCACUACUGAGAAGGAGCUUUUAGCCAUAGUCUUUGCGUUACCUUUUCUUGAGGAGGCAAUAGGAGAUAGAUUCCUUCACGAGUCUAUUGAUUUCAUUGCGGCGGAAAAAGAGGGUUUGCCAUGGUUUAGUGAUCUAGCUAAUUAUCUUGCAAACAGGUAUAUGAUGAAAGAUAUGAGUGCUCAACAAAGGAGGAAGUUGUUUAGAGAUGCGAGAAAGUACAUAUGGGACGGCCCAUACCUCUUUAGGAUAGGAGGAGAUCGUAUUCUUAGGAGAUGUGUUGCUAGGGAAGAGGGUCUAGAUAUUCUUAGGCACGUUCACGAGGGGUUGACGGGAGGUCAUCAUAGUGCACACACUACCGCACAAAAGGUCUUUGAUUGCGGUUGCUCUUGGCCUACGGUAAUUCAAGAUGCUAUAGAAUUCGUUAGGAAGUGCGAUGCUUGCCAACGUACUGGCAAUAUCUCAUCCAAGGACGAGAUGCCCCAAAAUCGUAUUCAAGUCCUCGAAAUCUUUGAUGUGUGGGGCAUUGACUUCAUGGGACCUUUCCCCUCCUCCAGUGGGAAUAGGUACAUCCUCAGGGCGAUCGACUACGUUUCUAAGUGGGUGGAAGCUCAAGCUUUGCCUGCAAACGUUGCCCGGGUGGUAGUGAGAUUCUUGAAGAAGUUGUUCACGCGUUUCGGUAUACCGAAAGCCAUUAUUAGUGACCAAGGAAUGCACUUUUGUAAUGCCGUGAUGGAGAAGGCAUUGGAGCGAUAUGGAGUUACACACCAUUUAUCCACUGCGUAUCACCCACAAACAAACGGUCAAGUACAAAAUGCGAAUAGAGGAGUGAAGGGAGACUCCGUCAAAUCGUCCAUCAGGUCCUCGACCGGUGAAUUUAGUCAUGAUCCUCGUGUCGAGGGGAUUGUGGAAGAAGCUUUCGAUGAUAACGAUGUCCAGCACAAAGUUAAUCAUCCAAAUGAUCCUGUUACACCAAGAGCACAACCUGAGAUCCCGAUAAGUUCAAUUUUACCUCCUGGCGAAACCCCAAUCUCAUGGUAUGUCAGAUCUCAGGGUGCACUAAACGCAGUUUAUGCACAGCUCUAUGCACAGGCUACUCCUCCUGCAACUCAAUCACGGAGAUCUGCACCUCAUGUACGAGCCCCAUCUGCACCACAGGUUACAAUGUCUUAA